UGGUCCGCUUGAAGCGCCUCGCCGCGCCGCAGACCGACAGACUAAAGAGCGGAGGGGCUCUGCUGGGUCGAACUGUCCUCAUGAAGAACCGAGCCUUCUGUCCCACGCAGAGACCAUUUAUUUAGUCCGGAGCACUUAGUGAGGACCAACCAGCUAUGUCGGAAUAGAGUUGACGGUUGGCUUGUGCUCAGCCUGGAGACUCCAUCCCGAAUGAUCAGGAUAUGUUAUGUCCUCCAACUAUGAACAAGCUGCAACAGGAUCCGAGAAAUACAGACAGGCAAGUUUCCAAAAGUCACCGGCUGCUGGAUUGGUAACUUCUGGCGUUGAGUCUCGUCUGUAUGAAUCCGAUCCAGAGGCUCAGUGACAGGGACUCGGUUUAGUGAGACUUUCUCCUCCACCAAUGAGUGUGUACGGGGAGAGGAAUGCAGCAGCGCGCUCAGUCACACACGUCCCUGUCGGAUUGUUGCCUCCAUCGGCUACAGCAGACACAUUUUUAAGGGAAGUAGCGUUAGUCUGGCACGGCACGGCACGGCAGUCCAUCGUUAAGGUCUUUGACAGGGUGUAACAGGAGCCUUGGACUGACGUGAGCCAUGAAGACCCAGAAGGCCCAAGGUAGUACACCACCUUCACCUCCCUGCCGUCAGAAGUCUCGCUUCACCUUACGAGGCAGAAAGAAGGUCGGGGUGAUCCAAGGGAAACUCCGCAUCCGCUCCAUACCUGGAGCCUUCCUUGUGCUGGGGGUCAUCGUGGUGGUUGUUGGCACCGCUCUAGCUGUGGCAGGAUACUGGCCCUACUGUAUACCGAGAGCGUCCAUCCUGGGAGCUGCAGAUGGCGAAAGUUUCUCUGAGUCGCAGACUUCUGGGUGGAGUCUGGGAGCCAAGGGCCUCCUAUCCACAGCCAGCCUCGUCCACAGUGAGCGGAUGAAGCUGCUGGGGCCUGUCAUCAUGGGGGUGGGACUCUUCAUCCUCAUAUGUGCCAACACAGUCCUGUAUGAGAACAGGGACAGAGAGACUCAGAUGCUGAUGGCUCAGAUGCGCAGUGUAAUCUGCUCUGUGUCUGCAGCGGUUCCCUCAGCAGACCUUAAAGAAAUAGCAGCAGCCAACUCCAUGGCCAAACACUACCAGUGCGUGAGCAGUUUACCAGCUGCCCAUCUCAACAUCCUCUGUCUGCAGCAGCUGCCCAGUUCUGAGCCACUGCUUCAGACCAGACACUCCAGAGACCAGGAGCACAGUUUGGAGGGCAUCUACCAGCAAGCUGUUCUCCAGACAGAAGCCCUCCACCACCAGGAGUCAGAGCCUCCGCCCUCCCUCCACUCCUCCUACUCCAACUCACGUAAUUCCAGUCAGACAGACUUUAACACACAGUCUGGUGCCGAGUACGGGGGCAGUGCCAGUUUCAUUCCGCAGCCCCCCCCACUCGUCAAGCUCAACAGCUGUCUGGUGUCUGCCAGCUCUAUGUCCACGCUGGAUGAGGUAGAUAUGCCAGCUAUCCAGCCGAGGCGCUGCCACAGUAUGAGUUACAGGACUAACCCGUAUACAGCUGGAACUGGUGUGCCGGAUGGACACCAUGCACCGGGGGAGGAGGGCGAAAUGAAUCAGCUGGUAGUCACAAGAGAGACUGGUUCACAGGUUUGCGUGAACAUCCCUUGGCAGGUUGUGGAGGCUGCAGAAGAGCAAACCCGCCGAAGCUGGCCUCGGCUAGACCUGGGCAGCAGCAGACGAUAUCUGAAACUAGAGAACAAAGAGGACUCAGUGGACAAACUGCUGGACCAGUUAGAGCAGCAGUGUUUUCAGUGGGAUAAGAAUUUUGGCUCUGGGCCUUUCCAGUGAUUGGCUGCUCUCCACAGCAGUACAAUCACUCUGAUAACAAAGGAUCAUAAAGAUAUUUUCCUCUGGAUUCUAUAACUGCACUAUAUUUAGUUUGUCCUGUGUGGGGUGGAGAGAAACCAAGCCCCGGAUUAUCUGGAGUACAGUAUUUCUCACAAGGAUCUUCCAAAACAUGAGCUUGUUCUCAAUCUUCAGUGGAAUAUUGAUACACAGGUCUUAGCUUGGAUUCCGAUUGGAUUUGGUCAGUGGCGGGCCUUGCAUUUUAUACCUGGGCCUUCAGUGCUGUCCUGCAGCUGAAACACCACCUAAUAACCUCAUUAUGACGCCAC